AUUUUUAAGGUGACGGCAAGAGAGAGAAAAAGUCAUACGCAUACGAUGCUGACUUGCUGUCCCCACGUUGUUUCUCUGUUUUGGUCGGUCUUGUUGUUUACGUGAUUACUCUCUCUCUCUCUCCUCCAUCGACGACGACCACCGGCGAACAGAGCCACCGUACCUAAAACUUCAUUUGUUUCAUUUCUUUUUCUUAAUUAAUCAAUUGAAUCGGGAAUAAAACACCUCCCGCGAUCUCAUCAGGAUGAGUAACGAGCUUCUCACCAUCGAUCCUGUCGACCUUCAAUUCCCUUUUGAAUUGAAGAAGCAGAUCUCUUGUUCUCUCUAUCUGGGUAACAAGACUGACAAUUAUGUCGCCUUCAAGGUUAAGACGACGAAUCCAAAGAAGUAUUGCGUUAGGCCUAAUACUGGUGUUGUUCAUCCCAGAUCCUCUUCUGAAGUCUUAGUGACCAUGCAAGCUCAAAAGGAAGCUCCAGCUGAUAUGCAGUGUAAAGACAAGUUCUUGCUUCAAUGUGUUGUGGCUAGUCCCGGAACCACCCCCAAGGAUGUUACUCAUGAGAUGUUUAGCAAAGAGGCUGGACAUCGAGUUGAGGAGACUAAACUGAAAGUUGUCUAUGUUGCUCCACCCCGACCACCAUCACCGGUUCGAGAAGGAUCUGAAGAGGGCUCCUCACCGAGGGCUUCCGUCUCAGAUAAUGGGAAUGCUUCUGAUUUUACUGCUGCUCCAAGAUUUAGCGCGGACAGACUUGAUGCUCAGGAUAACUCAUCUGAGGCAAGAGCUCUCGUCACAAGACUCACCGAGGAAAAGAACUCUGCGGUUCAACUGAACAAGAGGCUUCAACAAGAAUUGGACCAGUUGCAGCGGGAAAGCAAGAGAAGUCAGAGUGGGGGAAUCCCGUUAAUGUACGUUCUUCUGGUCGGACUAAUCGGUCUAAUCUUGGGAUACAUUAUGAAGAGGACAUGAUCUGAUCCGCUUCAAGAAACAUACAAGACUCUCAAAGUGCUUAAAAAGCAUCGACAUAGAAAAAAAAAAGAAAAAUCAAAUUGUGUGAGGAGGACAUCUUCUCUUCUGUCUUAUCGUCGUUCGUCACUUGAAAUCUCAACUUAGAACAUUAGAUGAUUUUAUUUACGGUUUCCGUGAGACUUUAGAAUUUUUACACAUCAUCCUUUUGCUCUCCUUUUUCUCUUCUUUGUAGACCCAAAGGCUUUUGUUUGUUUGUCUUCUCUCCAGUCUCCA